GUGCAUGCGUGUUUGUUUUGGCUCGUUGCAGGAAUGUGUCUGAGGAGGACGAGGCCUCCUACCAUUGUGAAGCCUCCACCCAGCAGGAAGCCCUCCGCUCCCAGCCUGCCCUGCUCCUCCUGGCCGGAAUGGACUGGAGGUUUGUCCAGCAGCCCAGAAACAAGACAGUGAAGGAAGGGGAUAACGUUACUCUGGUCUGCCGGGCUCCCAGGAGCCGCCCCCCCGCCCGAGUGUCCUGGGUGAAGGAAGGCAGGCCCCUAGGGCCACAGGCCCCCCUCACCACAUCCCCUGCUGGAGAUCUUCUCCUCCACAGAGUGCUGAAGGACGAUGCCGGGACGUACUUCUGCAGGGCCUCCAAUCAGCAGCUCAACCGAUCUGUCACAUCGAAAAGAGUAACCCUCACAGUUCUGGCGCCCCCUACGGUGAGUUUGCGGCCCCAGUGGAUGACAUUGCCCCCGGGGGGGUCUCUGCGGCUGCAGUGCGAUGUGGGGGGUCUCCCUCCUCCCUCCAUCAGGUGGUACAAGAGAGGUCCGUCCACGAAGACCGGGGGGAAAGUCACCAUGGGACAGAGAAACAGCAGCCUGUACAUCCUGUCUGUGAGGAACUACGACGAGGGAGUGUACACGUGUGAAGCCACCAACAUCCUGGGUCAAGACCGCCAAACUGCCACAAUAAGGGUCACCGUGAUGCCCGUCAUCGUGGGCUUUUCUGGGCAGGUGAGCAGCCGGCUGGGGGCCCCUGUGGAGCUGCCCUGCAGAGCGGUGGGGGUCCUGCCCAUCACGUACACUUGGACCAGAGACAACACAACGGACCCCCACACAUCAACCACCACCACCACCAUCACAGACGAUGGAGCUCUGAGGAUGUCUGCUGUGCGGUGGACCGACGCAGGUGACUACUACUGUAGGGCAGAGAACCAGGCCGGGAGCGACCGGAUACACACUGUCCUCCUUAUCACAGAUGAGAACCGCGGGGGUGACACCCGAGAGCAGAGGAGAAUGAGUUGGUCUGCUAGGACAAAUACUAACAAGGAACUCCCAGCUGUCCAAAUCAAAGGUUCAAUUCUUAAAAAUCACUCUAGGAUCAACCAUGGCUCACAUUCAGUGAUGUACACGGAACCCAUCACCCACAGGACAGACUUAACUUUUACAUCACUAAAAGAGGCUCUAUUCAGAGAACUACACCCGCCAGGGUCACCUGACUACCUGCACCUGCUGGCCCUGCCUGAGGACCAGGCAACCCAGCCUGAGACCCAGCCAACCCAGCCUGACAUCCUGCCAGCAAAGCCUGACACCCAUCCAGCCCAGACUGACACCCAGCCAGCCCAGCUUGACCGCCUGCCAGCCCAGCUUUCACCCAACAGUCAGAUACUGCAACCUCCCCCUUCAACCGUAGACCCCCAUACCCUUGACCAAAUGGGUCCCCCGCCACAUGUUUCAUCUCCGUAUUCUGAGUCCUACAUUCUCAAUAGCCCAGCACCAGGACACAAGGACACUGGGACACCAGCGCACCGGGACACCGGCACUCCAGGACACCAGGACACCGGGCUCCUAGUGACCACCAGCCAAACCCUUCCUCACCACUCCUUCGCUCAUUAUCAUUUAACCAAGAUAUCCACCGCUAGGCAACUCCAGAACGUUGCUGGCGAGACGUCGGCGAAGCAGAGUGGCGAAGAUGAGGAAGUAUCCCUCUAUCACAUGGAUCCACCGGCACCGCCAGAGAGGAUGGGAGCCAGCCUCAUAUCCUUCCCUAAGUCGGUGUUUCCUCUCACUAGGUCUUCAGACUCGACAGAGCCCACUACAGCGUUUGUCACCAAUAGAGAUAAUCUGCCGCCCCCAGUGAACCGCCUCGGUCAAGAUGCAGUUGCUUUGUCCUCUGCAUUGCAUGUGACACUCCAAACCUCUGGCCAGUCAUUGACUCCAAGGACCCACUCAGGAGCCCAGCUUAAUCAUCCUCCUACCAAGGGGUCCCUCGUGGUGUCACACCUCGCUCAAGACCCACAUGGGAGUCCUGGAGAUUUGGCACAGGCCGCCCUCGCUAACCAUGGCUUGAAAGCAACGCAAAAUCCUUCUAGAGGACAGUCCACCCUAUGCUCCUUCACGCAGUCAGCCCCUGAGCUGCCCCCUACAUCAGUCCAUGACAAACCCCAAACCACUCCCUUGCCUCCAGCUCCUCCACCCAUCCGAGGAUCCUCUUGGACCCCCUACAACGGUCUGUCUCCCACAGGUCCAGUGCCUUCAGCACAACAGCAGACUCCACUUCCCUCAAUCCGACCGCAUGGCCCUUUUCAUGCCCCUCAUUCUGUGUCCUCCAUCGCCACCACCACCUGCACCACCACCACCACUACCACCACCACCACCACCACCCCAACCAACAUUAACAUCAACAGCACACCAAACAGAACCACCAUCACAAACGCCACCAACCCAACCACCAUCACCAUCACCACCACUAGAGCCUCCAUCACCAGCAACACCCCCCAAACCAUCAUAACCAGCCCUCCCUCCAGAUCCACCAUAACCAGCCCUCCCUCCAGAACCACUAGCACAAUCACCACAACCAGCACCUCAUCCAAGACCGCCUCCACCAGCACAAGCACCCGCACCAGCACCCCCACCAGCACCACCACCACCCCAAUCACCCCCAGCCCCACCACCCCCACACCACCCCCAACACACUCCCACACCCUUAUUACCCCCAGAUCCACCACCAGCACCACCAGCCCCAUUACCCCCAGCACCACCCCCAGGACCACCAGGGAUGAUCAUUUAACCAGCCCUUCCAGAAGGUCAGUCCCUGAGGGUCUGACUCCCAGUCCACAAACCGUGCCUGAUGGCAAACGUUUAAACACGAGUCAGGCUGUUGAGCCAGCUCUGACCUCUGGGGCCACCAGUAAGCCCCGUCCUACUGUUGGACUGAAGACCAACACCUCCCAGUCACCCAUGACCAGCGAUGACCCCCGAGGGACACAGAAGUCUUCUUCAUGGCUGCCAGGGCUGGAAAAACAUGACGUCCCCAUCGUGGUUGGAGUGGGCGUGUCUCUAGCCUUCAUCUUCAUCACAAUGGCUUUCUAUUCGCUGUUUCAGAGCAGUGAUCCUCUGCCAAUCAUUCGAGCAGGGACCGUGGCGCUAACUGAUGCACAACAAAGAGCUCAGAGGAACGUGGGCGUCCCCAUCAGACAUGCGGAACAACAGGCCGCUGGUAAAACAUACGACAACAGAGCAUUUGCGGAUGACGAGUGUGUAGCAGUGAUUGAUCAGAGCCCUAAUACGUCGGACACCCGCGCCCGGCCGCUGGGGCCCGGUCUGGUCAUGGUUCAGAUGGAGCCCCCACCUGAAGACCUGAGAGAGGAAGACCUGAGAGAGAACCACCAGCGUUCCCUAAUGGAGGACAAUGCUGUCCCCAUGGAGACGUUUCCUCUUUGUGCUCUCCUGGACUCACAGGUGGAGGAGGACAAGGCCUUCAGCCUGCCUCCACCCAGCGCACGGCUCCGGUGUGUGGAAGACUGGGUCAGCAGCUGCCUCCACCCGGUCUGCCAGGAGCCUCCGACCCGACCCCCUUCUCUGACUCCACCCUCCUCUCUGCUUCCACCCUCCUCCCUGCCUCCUCCUCUGUCCUCCCUCGCCUCCCACUCAACCUCCCCCACCCUCUCUCUCUGCCCCUCCUCCCCCUCCUCCCUGGCCACUGUACGGGAGGAGAGGCUCCACUCCUCGCUGACCCUCCAGACGCCGGCCGAGCCCACCUCCACCUCCUCCCAUGCCUCCACCACCUCCACCCUUCCUGUCCACCACAGCCUCAGCGUCUCCCACACAGUGAGCUCCCCGCUCCUCGUCUCCCAUCAUGUCUCGCUGGGCUCAACCACCACCGUCACUGUGGAUGUCACCUUCCAUCCUAGCGCCGCCACUGCCAUGGCGAUUUCAACCAGCACUCACAUCAAUUCGCGCGUCACCAACACCCCCACAGCAGCGGGUCCUCUGUUUAACUUCCCAUUGGCAAACAGUCAAGAGAGCGACCAAUCAGCUUCGAGAAUGCCGCACUGCAAGUAGCGAGAUCUUACUAGUAAUGGAUUCAAUGAUAAUUUUCCUUGAUUCAGUUUGCGUCGGUCAGUUCGCCAAGAAGAGUUGUUCAGAAUCGUUCGUUCGUUCAGUCGAGUUUCCGGUAGCGGUGAAUCGAAACAUGGAAUUUACGGUUCUCAGCUGAGUCAGUCAGAUUCAGCUCCUCCCUCGUUCUCAUUCUCAAACGAUCGUGGAAGUCGGUCAUCAAUCAAUAUCACAACUUUAACCAAACGCAGCCGGAUGGGGGGGUGUAGUUGAUUAUUAGAUGUUUAACAUAUCAGCAAGAUAAUAGAUUUGAUUUAGCAAUGAUGUUGGGCGUCCCGGUGGAGAACGAACCAUGAAAGAUCAAGACAGAUUGACGAGACAUUCAAAUAUUUGAUUAAUCUGGCAUGACACAGAAAGUACAAAGACAGCAUGCAUUUAUCAUUUCACUGACAUUGAAUCGUAUUAUCGUACGCUCGCUCACUAAGCCUCUUCCCUCUUCACCACUCACAGUCAGUGAAUGAACAGUGAGUCAGCGUGUCAGCGACUAGUAGGUCUGGGAGGAGUCGAGUCUGAGAACAAACAAGACGAACGAAAGAGAGGAAUCAGUUCAGUUCGAACUGAUUCUUCUCAGCGUUUUUCAACUCUUUCAACGUUUUAAACUAUGACGCUUUUUCUGCUUUUUUUUUUACAAUGUAAGUAACUGCUCAGUUACGAUUAAGACAUCCGUCUGCCCAGUAACGAUUGAGACAUCGUAACUAAAUACAUUUUCAUCCGUUCACCUUCAUUCAAACCAUUUAACCUACACAAUUGUAUCUUUCUAUAAUAUUAAAACAGAAUUUCGAUAAAAUGUGUACUUUAUUCAGAAUCACAGUUUAAGUUUCAUAUCGGCUUUCAGUUGGUCUCAUUGGUUUACGCUGAGGUUAGAGCGCGGAGGACGUGCAGGCAUUGUUGCUAGAUUGGGCGGUUUACCAUCUGCGGCAUUUUAGCAAGCACACUCUCGCAGUUGUUAGGAUGAAACGCAUUCUAGUUGUACAUAUUAUCCGAUCAAUUCAUAUUCACUGUACAAAAACUAAUGUUGAUAUUUUAGGCCGAUAAGAAAACAUAUUGGAAGAUCAUUACGUCAAUGUAUCAGUCAACUUGUAAAAGUAUAUUUCAUAGACAGUGUACUUUAAAUAGCCUCUCUUUAUUCUCAGCACACUGAGACAAUGUUUAACAUUGACAUAUAUGUGUUUGAGUAUCUUUAUUAUUUUAAUAGUGACCAUAAUCAAAGGGAUAUCAAUGUUGGUAUAACUUGUAGGUCUAUUACAAAUGUCACUGUUGACAAAAAUGUAUAUUUACAAUAUUGUGUGAAAAGUGAAUAACAUUUGGCCAGUAAUGUGUAUAGUAUUGUAUUAAAGAUGCCAAGAAUAGAUACUAUUGCUCUUGUUUCAAAAAUUCUUGCAACAAGCUAGUGACUGUUAACUAAUUCCUCAAACCAAAUGAAGUUCAAUUGGCUAUAACAUGAAGUUAUACAUUAUCUGUUUUCAGCAUGUGCAUUUAACAUUAGUAACUUAAACCAUGCCCGCCUCUCUCAAAAGUGUUAAUCACACUAAUAAAAUAAAAUGAU